AUGGACUCCGAUUCCGACCAUGAAGACGACCUCGGCGCCGGCGAGCCGCCCGCCAUCGAUCCCUAUGCUGUCCUUGGGCUCGACCGCGCCGCGGCGCCCACGACCGACCAGGUCAAGUCCGCCUAUCGCAAAGCGGCACUCCGAUGCCACCCCGACAAGGUCCCUCCCGAACAAAGGGACACGGCCCAUACCCAGUUCCAAGAGGUUGCUCUCGCGUACGCCGUCCUGUCGGACCCGGCCCGCCGCAAGCGCUACGACGAGACCGGCUCGACGGCCGAGUCCGUCGUCGACUCGGACGGCUUCAGCUGGUCCGACUUUUACCGUGCCGCGUUUGCCGACGCCGUCAACCCUAGCGCCAUCGAGACGUUUGCCGCGAAGUACAAGCACUCGGACGAGGAGCGGGACGACGUGCUGGCGGCGUACACGCGGCACCGCGGCGACAUGGACGGCGUGUACGAGUCGGUGAUGCUCAGCGACGUGCUGGCCGACGACGCGCGGUUUCGGGCCAUCAUUGACGAGGCGAUUGCGGCGGGCGACGUCAAAUCCUUUACCAAGUACGCCAACGAGACGGCGGCCUCGAAGAAGGCACGCAAGGCAGCGGCGUCGCGUGAGAGCCGGGAGGCAGAGGAGUACGCCAAGGAGCUGGGCGUGCACGACAAGCUGUUUGGCAACGGCAAGGGCCGGCGGAGCCACGACGGCGAGGAGGUCGGAGAGAGCACUUCGCCGCGGCCCGCAAAGACCAAGGGCGGAAAGGGGGCCACUGGAGGCAAGGGAAAAGGAGGCAAGAAGAAGGACGACGACCAGGCUGGACUGGCAGCGCUGAUUCAGCAGCGUCAACAGGAGCGGUCGGCAACGUUCCUCGACAACCUGGCGGCCAAGUACGGGGUGACCGAGCAGAAGAAAAAGAAAGGCAAGGGCGGCAAAAAGCGGCAGGCCGUGGACGAGGACGACGGGGACGACGAACCGUCGGAGGAGGCCUUCCAGGCCGCCGCAGCUCGGCUCAAGAAUGGGAAGAAAACGAAGCGGUAG